UUGAAGCAUAACUCAAAUCCUUCGUCCCUGUUUAUUUCUUUUUCUGUCCUUUAUUAAUCCAAUAUCAAGAUGAACAACGUUUCUUCUUCAACCUCAUCUACCAAAAGGCUACAAGGUAAGGUAGCUUUGAUCACCGGUGGAGCAAGUGGAAUAGGCGAAAGUACUGCGAGAUUAUUUGUUGAACAAGGAGCAAAGGUCAUUAUCGCAGAUGUUCAGGAUAAUCUUGGUCUUUCUCUUUGCAAAGAACUUGGUCUAGAAGAAAUAAUUUCUUAUAUCCAUUGUGAUGUAACAAAUGAUUCCGACGUAAAAAACGCAGUGGACUUAGCUGUAUCUAAGUAUGGAAAGCUCGAUAUUAUGUUUAGCAAUGCUGCGAUUUCAGGGACUUCUGAUAGCACUAUUUUAGGAACAGAAAAUGAAGAUUUUAAAAGAGUUUUAGAUGUCAACACCUUCGGCGGGUUCUUAUCAGCCAAACACGCCGCCAGGGUUAUGAUUCCGGCGAAAAAGGGUUCUAUUCUGUUUACUUCGAGCGCUGCUGCGGUGACUAGCGCCGGAGCUCCGCAUCCAUAUGCUGUAUCAAAACAUGCUUUAGUUGGUUUGGCCAAGAACUUGAGUGUCGAAUUGGGUCAAUAUGGGAUUAGAGUGAAUGUUGUUUCACCAUUUGUAGUUGUAACGCCAAUGCUAAAGAAAUCCAUGGGACUAAUGGAGAUAGAGGAUGAAAAGAUCAAUGAAGCAAUUACUACUCAUGUGGCGAACUUGAAAGGGGUUGUGUGCGAACCAGAAGAUAUAGCUGAGGCCGCAGUUUAUUUGGUGAGCGAUGAGUCCAAGUAUGUGAGUGGACUGAAUUUAGUUGUUGAUGGAGGUUUUAGUAUUACCAAUCCAUCAUUUGCUUUAGCAAUGAAAAACUUAUUAUCUUGAUUUAGCCCUAUCUUGGAUGCGAGACUAAUCUGAUUUCGGAUUCGUGGUUGUUAUUCUCAUGAGUGUUUAUCCACGGAUUCUCAUUUUCUUUUCUAGGCAAUAUGUGUCAUCAAUGUUCAUUUUAUUUGAAAUAAUUUGUAUUUUAGUAGCAA